GUUUCCAAGAGCGUCUUCUGCUUGUGUGAUUGCUUUGUUUUGGAUCCGUUGGAUAGAUGCAGAUCAGUCGCCUGGUAUCUUCAUUUGGAUUCUAGUCCUAUUUUUGCUCACAUUAGCGUUGUCAGCUUUGGAAUCAUCCUCGCCACGGUGCUGAGGCCAAGUUCUCUCAAAACCUCGAGCUCCCCCAACUCCCAAAAAAGAAAAAAAAAUAGCCACCAACCGACAAAAAACAACAACAACAAAAACAAAAAUGGCCUCCCAAUCCUCGUCCCUCCCGCCCGACCUCUUCGACCAAACCACCAUCGUCUCCCUCCUCUCCACCCUCGCCAUCGUCUUCGUCGCCUACGCCACGUCGCGCCUCGUCCUCCCCCGCGCCACCACCUCCGGCACCCUGCGCUUCCUCUUCAUCUGGCACCUCGCCGACGCGCUCUGCCACUUCAUCCUCGAGGGCAGCUUCCUGUACCACUGCUUCUUCUCGUACGUGCCCGCGGCCGAGGCGGGCGGUAGGGACCUGGUGCCCACGCCGUACAACUUCCUCGGCUUUGGGGACAGCAGGGUCUAUGGCCCGCAGAGCGGCGGGGACAACCCGUUUGCGCAGCUGUGGAUGGUGUAUGCGCGGGCGGAUAAGAGAUGGGCGGGAGCUGAUUUGGGCGUCAUCAGUCUCGAGCUUUUGACCGUCUUCUUUGAUGGACCCCUGGCCGUGUAUAUCUGCUACCUGAUUUCAAAGGGCAGCCCCAAGGCCAGCAUCUGGAUGAUUGUACUGGCGACUUGCGAGCUAUACGGAGGUUUCAUGACUUUCUGCCCCGAGUGGCUCACUGGCAACAUCAAUCUCGACGGCAGCAACUUCAUGUAUAUGUGGGUGUAUCUGGUUUUCUUCAAUAUGCUGUGGGUCUUUAUCCCGCUGUAUGCGGUUUGGUACUCGAUCAGCGACAUCUCAAACGCUUUUGCCGUGCGACAGGCCAUUGAUAAAUAUAGAAAGGGACAGUAAUCACUGGCCCGGUUUGCCAGUCAGUAUGGCAUAUUUGGGGCAUGUUAAGAGUUGGAAAUGCAUUUUGUAGCACAUGUGAUAUGGCACCGAUCAUAUAACCUUCAAGCAAAACAAAAAGACAAGACUAGAGUCACGGAACGAGGAGAUAUAGGUUCCAAAAUGUAUUAUUGAGCUAUGACGGGGUAUCGAUGUUCAAUGUCUCUCAUAUCAUAAGACACUCAGCAGCGGAGGGGCUUCAUGCUUUUGUUGUUCCACCACAUUUGCUCUCAUUGCCAUGAUCGUUUAGAUGGCCUGCUUGUGGGCCUCGCCCUUGGCGUCGUGCUUGCUCUCG